AAUAACAAAUCUUAAAAUAAAAAAAAAUAUUAAAAAUGGCAAAAGGAGAUAAAAUUCAUAUUAACUUAGUUGUUAUUGGUCACGUCGAUUCUGGUAAAUCAACCACAACUGGUCAUUUAAUUUACAAAUGUGGUGGUAUUGACAAAAGAACCAUCGAAAAAUUCGAGAAAGAAUCAUCUGAAGCCGGAAAAGGUUCAUUCAAAUACGCUUGGGUACUUGAUAAGCUUAAAGCCGAAAGAGAAAGAGGUAUUACCAUCGAUAUUUCCCUCUGGAAAUUCGAAACCGCUAAAUAUCACUUCACCAUUAUUGAUGCUCCUGGUCACAGAGAUUUCAUUAAAAAUAUGAUUACUGGUACCUCUUAAGCUGAUGUUGCUAUUCUUAUGAUUGCUUCACCCUAAGGUGAAUUCGAAGCUGGUAUUUCAAAAGACGGUUAAACCAGAGAACAUGCUUUAUUAGCUUUCACUUUGGGAGUUAAAUAGAUGGUCGUAUGUAUGAACAAGAUGGACGAAAAGACCGUCAACUAUUCUGAAGAAAGAUAUUAGGAAAUCAAGAAAGAAUUAUCUGAUUACUUAAAGAAAGUAGGUUAUAAACCCGAUACUAUUCCCUUCAUUCCUAUUUCUGGUUUCAAUGGAGAUAAUAUGUUAGAAAGAUCUUCCAAUAUGCCCUGGUAUAAAGGACCUAUUAUGGUUGAAGCUUUAGAUGCUCUUGAAGCCCCCAAGAGACCUCUUGAUAAACCCUUAAGAUUACCCUUAUAGGACGUAUACAAAAUUGGUGGUAUCGGAACUGUCCCAGUCGGAAGAGUAGAAACUGGUAUCAUUAAACCUGGUAUGUUGAUUAGAUUUGCCCCUGGUAAAAUCGAAGCUGAAUGUAAAUCUGUUGAAAUGCAUCACGAAUAAUUACCUGAAGCUAUUCCUGGUGACAACGUCGGUUUCAACAUUAAAGGUGUCUCUGUUAAAGAUAUUAAGAGAGGAAAUGUUGCUUCUGAUGCUAAGAAUGACCCCGCUAAAGAAGUCACUAGUUUCUACAGUUAAGUCAUCAUCAUGAACCACCCUGGUUAAAUCUAAAACGGAUAUACCCCCGUCUUAGAUUGCCACACUGCUCAUAUUGCUUGUAAAUUCGAAGAAAUCCACUAAAAGAUCGAUAGAAGAACAGGUAAAGUUCUUGAAGAAAACCCUAAAUCCGUAAAAAACGGAGAUGCUGCUUUAAUCACAUUAACACCCACUAAACCUUUAUGUUGUGAAGUCUUCUAAGAAUAUCCCCCUCUUGGUAGAUAUGCAGUUAGAGAUAUGAAAUAAACAGUCGCUGUCGGUGUUAUUAAGAAAACUGAAAGAAAAGAAAAAUGAAGUUAAUGAUUUUUAUUAUUUUGAAGAAGAAAUUAUUUUAUUUUUUUGUAUGAUUUUUUCUGUGUUUGUUUGCUUUUUUUUUAAUUAAUUUUUUUUUUUAGUUAUUUAUUUAUAAU